UGAUAGGUCAAAAAUGAAGAAAAAAGGAAAAAUUGCGUGGUUUUUACGCCAAGGGCACAGCAGGCACCAACUAUAAAUAGCUAAAGAACAUUCAAAUUGAUAGUCCUGUAAUCUUCUUUUGGUAUAGAGUACAAGAGAGAGAAAGAUGUCGCAAACAGAGGAAGAUAAGAAGCCAAGUGGAGAUCAAGCUGCACACAUCAAUCUCAAAGUCAAAGGCCAGCUAGGGAAUGAACUACCACCGGAGAAGCGAGAAUCGGUAGAAAAUUUGACUGAGAAAGGAGCUUCGGCCGGAAUACCCUUUUCCGACGACCCAUUUCCUCUUUUGUUUCAUCUAUGCUUGUUCUUUUCUCAGAUCCGCGAUGGGAAUGAAGUCUUCUUUAGGAUCAAAAGAAGCACCCAGCUAAAGAAGCUGAUGAAUGCAUAUUGUGACCGGCAGUCGGUGGAUUUCAACUCAAUUGCAUUCUUGUUUGAUGGUCGUCGUCUCCGAGCAGAGCAGACUCCAGAUGAGCUGGAGAUGGAGGAUGGUGAUGAAAUUGACGCAAUGUUGCAUCAAACUGGAGGCUCAACUGUUUGAGUGAUCUCUUUUGCUUAUGGACAGCCACUGUUUCUAGGUGGUAGACUUUAAUGAAUGUAGCUUGUGCUACUUUAGGACCUGUAGGAGCAUAGAUGAGCUUCGUGAUUUUUGCUUAUGUCGGACCAGCUUGUAUAAACAUAAUUAUUACUCACUGUUGCAAGAAGAUCAUUAGUUGCUUCUUGCCGUGAAAUUGAAGUACUUCUUGUUCUAUCUAUAUAUAUAAGCCCUCUCCUCAACA